CUGAUUAUUAGUGCUGCGAGUCUGGGCGGGGCGCGCGGCGGGCGGCCGGCGGCUCCGCAGGAGGUCGGCGCCCGCGCAUCUCCCGCUCACACUCGCCCUCCGCCCCAUCGGACGGAGAGAGAUAGAGAACGACCCACGCAUCAAGCAGGCGACAAACGACCCGUGGUAAAACAAAAGGAAUGCUGGCUGGGACGCUUUGAGGCGCCGGCGCCGCUCCCCGCGCUCUAA